CUCUCAAAAUGUAUCUUUCUAUUUCUGUGUUUUGCCUGCUCCCGAUGCAUUUCAGAAACCAAUUAACAAAGGUAAUAACUGAAGCAGAAUGUGCUUUUAAGUUGGUAUCAAAUUCAGCCCAAGUCUCGAGGCAGAAAACUGUCUCUGUGGGCUGAUCUAAGAACUAAGUGAAAGGGCUUGGUGGUUUUCCCCUUUCAGCAAAAAUGACCUCAUAUAAUAUCCCCUUAUGGGUGCAAAACAGGAAAGGGCAGAACUAGACACAGACACAGUCCCUGCUGCUCACAGAGCUGCUUCCAGCAUACCGGAGUUGAGGAAUCUACCAGGAGGGAAGGAUGGAUGCUGGUGCCUCCGCAGCUCGUCUCACAGAUGGCAAAGGAAUAACCUGCCAUCAGGGUGUCUGUCUCUGUAUUCCUGCCAAAAGCACAGAUGACAUUUCCUAGUUUGUUUUAACGUGAGCUCUGCUUGAAAUUUUCUGUUUCUCUCAUCAUCUGCACUGCUGUAGUCUACUUCAGUAAGUAAGGUGAGUUACUCUGAAUGUCAGAACUGCUGCUGGUUUUCUGUUAAAGUUGUAAGAAGGAAGUGGUUUUGAGCUUUCACACAGAAAAUGAUGCACUGACACACCACCAUUCACUGUGCUUGGUGUUUAUGUACAGUGGCGUAAAUGAGCCUUAAAAAACACAGGUCAUCUCCAUCAUCCCGAAACACAAUCAUCAUUUAAUUGCAGUGGUGAAUCACCUACUCAUAAAAACCCCCAGAUUAAAUUGUAAGCACUGAGAGAGCUCAAGAUCUUUCUAAGACACAUGGGGAACUCAUUGCAAUCCAGAAGGAGCAACAUGACAAACAUCUGCACUGUAUGAAACCAGUUAAAUGGCUGCUGACAUGUCUCACUGGACUCUUCUCAUCAUGACCUCUUUUGAAGAGGCCGAGACAGAGGAAACAGUGACGUGCCUCCACAUGACCUUUUACCAUCCUUGCCAAGAGGAGAAGAUGAUGUUUCGCUGCCUGAACUUCUGUAAGCGAGAGCAGGUCAGGGCGGAUGAAGUGGCCAAGUUUGGCCGCGACUCCAACAUCUGCCAUUACAACCUGAUGGACACUCGUGUCUCUCGGAUCCAGUUCGCCCUGCAGUUCUACAGAAAACUCCACAGUUCAGAAUACUGCUUUGAGAUAAAGAACUUGAGCAAGAGAACAAAACUGACUGUGAACCAAACAGAACUCGGUUACCUGAACAAAAUCGACCUGCCCUGGAGGUGCAUCAUCUGUUUCGGGGACUACCAGAUCUUGGCAGAGAUCCAAGAAGGGGAGUCCGUGGAUUAUUUUGAGACUCACCUGCACUUGGCCGAAGCACCGAUCCUACAGGAAAGAUCCCUGCCAUCCCUGCAGCCCGUACCCGAGAGUGGCAUUUCUUCUUCCACUUUUCUUUGCCAAGACAAAAGCCCCACAGAGAUGGAUGAAAACGAGCCAUGCUAGCAGGAGGAUGGAGGCUGGAGCAGAUUUUGCAGCCUGCACAACUUGUAACAUGGAAGGGCUGUCACCUCAGUCCAGUAUUCGUGUCACCCCUGCACAUCAAGUCUUCUUACUUGGUGUUUUCAGCAUAUUCCAGAACAUACUCUGUUGCACAGAGGAACAGAUUCCUGGCACUGCCUUCCCGGGGAGCAUUAAGUGCUCUCUGAUCCCCAGUUUGCCUGUGGGAGACGGGGGCCACUCGAAUCCGUGGCAGCAGGUUCCAUUCCAGAACUGUGACCACGUGCCUUGAAGGGAUGUUUUAACAGGCAUUAUUAACACAGAGCAUGCACAGCAGGGUUUUGGUCCCAGCUAAGGAGGGGCAUAAUUUCUUUCUCAUUGUGUUUGUUGUACUUUGUGCUUUGCUUUUGGCACGGGAUUCCAAAGAGUAUUUGCAAGUCUAGG